AUGACGGUGAAUGUACGGGUCUGCGAAACUGACAGCGAGCUGGGGGCGCAGCGCUUAUGGUUUUACCAGUCCAGCAGGUUCCAGCGACAGGGUUCGAUGAGUGUCACAGCGUACGACGGGGGACGGUUUCCAGAAGGCGGUGAAGGAUUCUGCAGCGUGAGGUUCGACGAGAGGAUCGGAUGGAUUGCCGUAGAUGAGCAAACGACGAAGACGAGGAGAGGGGAAGGACGGGCGGACGAAAGCGGAUAUGUACUCUGGAGGGGACACAAGCUGAAGAAUACGAAGAAGAUGAAGACGAAGAAGAAGAGGAACAAGAAGAAGAAGAAGGGCAGCCCGCGGCGCCAUGCCCACUCCAUGCAUAUGGCUACAUCGACUGCCACUCGGGUGCCUACUCUAUGCAUCUGGUCUCCCAUCGUCAUUGGCCCGUCCCAACUCCUCUUUGUCCUCCUCGCCCUCCGGUCGCCUCCAUCGCAAACUGUUCCGGUCCGCGAUGGGCGGGAGAUGGAUGGGGUUAACCACUAUAAAUGCCUCCUGUGUUUCAACGCCAUCUUCGCUUCCUCUCCCUCGUUCCUGACCCACAGAGCUGCCUUGCAGCUUGAAGUCGUUCGGUACGAUGUCCGGAACCGUCGCGCGCACAGCUGA